UGCUGGCAAGCUGGGGGUACACCAGUGAAUGAGCAUGGUUUGACUCAUUCAGUAAUAUUCCUAAAUAUUAUGUUAUGUAUGUUAUUAAUAUAUGCAUGCAUGUGUACAAUGUGUACACAAUAUUUUAGGAGUUUUUCUUAUUUUUCAAGUCUUCUUUACUGGAACGGACAAUAGAUAAUCCCCCCAUUGUUUAGCCAUCUACCAUGGCCGACUGAACCUAUACCUAGAACAGUAGACGCAAGCACAGUCAGGAUCUCAUCGCAGUACGCAGUCGCAGCCGACAGAAGGACAACACACAGACAGCAUGGCGGGCUCUCACCUGGUGUUAGUUUCUGUACUCCUGUCUUCCGUCAGUGGUCACAUGCAAGUGGUUGACCUUACCUGGACAGUUGGUCCGUCAACCGUCUACUGGCCAGGAUCUCUGCCAUUCAAUUUCACCAGUGUUUCGGAUUAUAGCUCUGGCUAUCAGAGUAACUGGUUUUCUACCCCCGAGCACGGUGGCACACAUUUGGACGCCCCAUCCCAUUUCUUCGAGGGUGGGUGGAGGGCAGAUGAGAUUCCAGCAGACCGUCUGAUUGGCCCAACCGUAAUCCUAGAUGUGACGUCACAAGCGGAAGCGGAUCCAGAUUACAGAGUCACCCAAUCCGAUUUUGAGGCGUAUGAAAGAAAACACGGUCGAAUCCCCCUCGGUGCCAUCGUCAUCAUGAAUUCUGGAUGGGAAUCUCGCUUUCCAAACAGAAGCCGUGUUUUUAACACUGAUACCCCCAACAAUAUAUCGACUUUCCAUUUCCCGGGGUACCACGAAGACGCCAUUGCUUGGAUGGUUGCCAAUAGAAACGUCAGCAUGGUUGGGGUCGACACCCCCUCCUUGGACUACGGUCAGUCAACCGAUUUCAAAGUACACAAAAUUCUUGGAAGGAAUAACAUUCCAGGUUUAGAAAAUGUGGCACGCAUCAGUCAAAUCCCCGAGAAGGGGGCGUCUAUAACUGUUGGUAUAAUUAAGCUAUUUGGUGGAAGUGGCGGCCCGGCCAGGAUACUGGCGACAUAUGACACGCACGCUGAACCUAAUGAUUGUACUUCCGGUUCUAUGAACAUUCUAACAACCGUCAGUACCAAGCUGCUGUUUGUGUUGCUCACCGUAUCGGUGAUUUAAUGUCCUUCUGUCGCGGAAUGUACUGCUUGGAUGGUUAAUCUCUGACAAACCUAUCCCCGAUGUUAUCCCUGCUGUCUGUGUUGCUCACCGUAUCGGUGAUUUAAAUGUUCAUCUGUCGCGGAAUGUACUGCUUGGAUGGUUAAUCUCUGACAAACCUAUCUCUGAUGUUCACAAUAAAACAUUUAUCACUUCA